AUGGAAAAGCCCAAGUCCGUCCUGAAGAAUAGAAUGCCACUACAGGACCUACCCCUGUUGAGUUCCCAGGGAUCUUUGUUACACCUGACUAAGAGGGGGAACAAACGAAAGUCCCUGAGCUGCCUGUGUGAGGGUCUGGAGGUGGAGUGCACCCCCACAGACUGCAUCCAGCAGUGCUCCCCUCACAAACACCAGCAGCUCCUCAGCAGAGGCAAGGAGAACGAUGACAACCACUUCGUCAUCGCAAGAAGAUCCCGAAGAAAAAGGGAACAACAAUCUGGCCUUUCGUGGGAUCAGCUGCCGGAUGAGCUGCUUCUGAAGAUGUUUUUCUACCUUCCUCUGCGGGAGCUUCUAAAGAUGGCUUUAGUUUGUAAACGAUGGAAUUGCGUGGUGUUUGAUGAAUCUCUUUGGCAAAGUGUGGAUCUGGAGGGUCUGACUCACAUGGGCCCUGCUCUCCAGAACGUCCUGAAGACUGGAGUCCGCAGACUGCGCUGUCCGCGGGCCUUUGUGGAAGAGCUACAAUUCACAAGUACUGGAUCAUUAAAUUUGGUUCAGUUGGACUUGUCAAGUUCCAUUAUUCCAGUUGCCGCUCUAGAGAGUAUUAUCACAAGUUGUACCCAACUACAGAAUUUGAGCUUAGAGGGGCUUCAGCUCUCUGACACAAUCCUUCACUCAAUGGCACAAAAUGUCCGCCUCGAACAACUGAACAUCAGCGGCUGCUCUGGCUUUUCCUCUGGCGCCUUAGACGAGAUGCUCAAAUCAUGUGAAAGGAUUUUACAACUAAAUAUAUCGUGGUGCGACUUCACAGCAGAUCAUGUGAAAAGUGUAGUUCACAAUAUGAGCCCCAGUGUCACUCACCUGAACUUCAGUGGUUACAGAGAGAAUCUGACUCUGGACGAUAUCAAAGUACUCGUGUCAAGAUGCCAAAAGAUGAAAGUUUUAGACCUGAGUGAUAGCACACUCCUGAUGGUGGACAGCUUUCCGGUCCUGGCUCAACUCAAGCACCUGGUGCAUUUAUCCAUGAGUCGCUGCUAUCACAUCCAUCCGGCUGCUCUGAGUGACUUGGUAACCACGAUCCCAACGCUCUCUGUGCUGGACGUGUUUGGACUCAUCAACGACAGCCAUUUGCCAAUUUUGAAAAAGGAAAUGCCUCGUGUCGCCAUCAACACCAGGCCCUUCUCUAUUGUCGCUCGCCCCACUCCGACUGGGAAACCCCUCAACUACUGUGACAACACCAUGUGGACCCAGCGCUGUCGCCUCAGGGUUAGACUGUGA